UUUCAGCUUUCGCUUGUGCUGUGCGUGGUUUGGUGUGACAGACGAAUUUUUAUCUAAAAUUCCGCUGUAAAAUCUCGCUAAACUCGGAUCGAAAGCAUUGUGCACCGAUAGCCAGCUCGCAGGUUCAAGGAUAAAUCGCGCUGAGCUAGUAAAACUCGAGUUCCAGUGGUCGCAACCGGCUAAGGUAAGAAACCGCGAGGGCUGCCACAACAGACUCCAUUGUGAAAUUUUGUUAGCGCAAGAUGGAAGCAGGCUCUUGAAGGCGGAUCAAAUAAAGUUUAUAAAAUAUCUUUUCCCCUCUAAGUAAAGGAUACUGUCGCAGAGCGAGUUUUAAAUACGAAUGUAGUGAAGUUAUUAAAACAGUAUUUCACGUUUCAGUUUUAUGCUACUGUGAGCAAUACACAAAAAAGAAGAAAAACGGACUCGUCAGUUGUGAAGUUUUUUUUUCGUUUCGUUUAGUUCAAGAACAACCGGAAUUAAAAUGGUGUUAUCAAAGAUUAGUUUUUCGACUCCGCGUUGGAGUGAUUGGAACUCAGUACUAAAGUUAACCAGUUCUGGACUGUUAUCAAGUUGAAUGUUUACACUUCUAAUCAAGAAAAACAGUUUGUAAACUACAUUCUUUUCAUUUGCUUUGAUAAUAUAGAAGCAGUUGUUUUCAUGGACUGAAAACAAGAUUUUACUCUUGAUUAGCAAUCAAUAAAGGAAUCGGAAAUAUGAUCCAACUCGGAAAAGUGAUACAGAAUGGAAUGUUUUUCAUAGCAGGCAAGUUGUAUAAGUGCAAUAGUUUAUUGAAAACAAAAACUAGUAAUACUCAAAUCAUGAAAUGGUUUAAAAUUGGUGAAUUAAAGUAUAAUAACCCGAAAAUGGGCAGUACGAAAGUGAUUCCUCGUGAGCUUAUGCUCGUUAUGGGUGUGAAGCCAUCUAAAUGGACAGUGACGAUUCCCGACCAGGUUCGUCGGCUUCGAAUAGCUCCGACUCGGACAAUCCGUCCAGUCCUGUGGGAACAGUUGACGAUGUGUCUAAAACGCAAGAAGAAAGCGUUGACGCUCGCAUUUCCCAUUCGCGGUCUCGAUCGCAAUCCCGUUCGAGAUCACCAUCGCUUCGGUCCCGUUCUGGGUCGCAAUCACGAUCAGGCUCACGCUCGCGAUCCAACACCCCGGUGCUUAGUCCGCUAGGUAAUAAAAAGAAUGGUAGCCCACCAUCCAGCCCGAAAAAUUACGAGGAUGCACCAUCACGAUCCAAUUCACCCUCGUUCCGUAGUGCGGAGAAUUCUCGCAAUUCACCACCCCCAAAAUCACCGUUACGGAGCCGCAGUGGUUCUCCAGAGGACGACGGUGGUCUCCGCUUCAAUCGGUCUCGGUCAGGUUCUAGAAAUUCGAACCGAUCUGACGGCUCGCCGCAUGAUCGUCGUCGCUUGUCUCGACAUUCAAGUGCGUCCAAUCUUAGCGAAAAGUUAAGAGGAGAAGAAAUCUCCGAUUGCGACAUGGACUCAGAUCGUGAAGAUAAGGAUAAGAGUAAUUCCGCAGUAAGUAGUAAGUUGGAAGACAGUGAUAUUCCUGUUGCCGGAAGUGGUACCGUUAAGGAUGCGCUUGAUAUGAGUCAUGAAGAUCUCAGCGAUGUCAGCCUAGAGAGCGAAAACGAACCAGAUGACGAGAAAGAAAGCGAACGCGAUAGCGACAAGGGUGGAGAUGUAGAAGAAGAUGACCGUGUGAUUCCAACGACCAGAAAAGAAACAGGGUUGGAACAAGAGGAAAUUUUAUCACGAGACAAUGACAAAAUGAAAAUUACUGACUUGCGUCAAAAACUAGAAGAAAAGAAAAAUCAACUCAGAAAUAUGGAAGAUAAACAACAAGUUAAUGGCUCUUCUAGAUCUCAUGAUAAUCUAAUGGAUGGAGCCCUGAUGGAUUCAAAAAAUGACGAAGAUGCCUUGGACUUCGAGGCUGAAGAAGGAGAAUGCAACGAUCCACCGAAAGAGGCGGAUAGGUCGGAUAGUACUCGAAUCCCAAUACAAGCACCCGAAGUAGAGAAAAAAAGAAAAACUUCCGAAGUUGAGCUGGAGGAAGGUGAAGAACUAGAAGAAGGAGAGGUAUCCGACGAAGAUGAAAAACGCCCAGAGGAGACUGAACCGAAGCCAGUGUGCAGAUUCUAUACCCGCGGUCAGUGUACCUGGGGAAUGAGCUGCCGUUUUCUACACCCAGGUGUAACGGAUAAAGGUAAUUACACUAUGUUCGAUAUGGUUCGCCCGGUUCCGAUUCCGCAUCAACCUCCGCCGUAUGCAGCACAUCCCGUAAUCUAUCCACAAGAUUAUCGUAUUGAAAGGCCCCCAAUGCACCACAUGCCUUCACAUCAUGCUUUAGCUUAUGGAGGCGGCGGUGCAGCAUUGCCACCACCAGUACGAGUAACCGAACCGGUAACAGAGAGUGCGUGGGAACGAGGUUUGCGAACUGCAAAAGAAAUGAUGCGCAAAGCCACCAAACGCAAGGAACAAGACAUUGAUUUUGAAGACAAAAAAAUGAAUCUUUCAUUGACACAAGAUGAGUUGGAAAAAGAUAACUAUUACAAUAGAAGUUCACCAGAUUCUCCUACGUAUCCGGGCCGCCCAGCAGCUGUACCGACACCGAAUUAUGAAUUUAAUCCAUCUGUGACAGCAAAAUUCACAAGAGCUGGACCCACUUUCGAAGAAGACCAGUUCGGGCGCACUCAGCGGUAUCGGGAACUACCAUCUCACCGAAUGCCGCAGUAUGAAGAUGAUGAUCCAACUAAGAGAAACCGAACGCGUGCUACUCGCGAGGUCAUAGUGCAACGAGCUGACGAGUGGAGCGAUCCAUGGAUGCGUUCCAAGUCUCCUGGUCGUGGAGAAAAACGGUCCGUUCGUCGGGAACGUCGAAGUUACAGUAACAGUUCAUCGUACACCAGCUCAAGCAGUAGCUCACGAUCGGGAUCUAGUUCAGAAUCCAGUCGAUCUCCAUCGCCCACUACUAGACGCAAUCGCUAUGAUAGUCAUCGAUCAAAGGAUAGUGACCGGCAUAACACGACCCACGUCAGGAAAGUUAUUCGCACCCGGUCAUCCAGUAUCAGUCCAAAACGUAGUAAAUACUCACCAGUACGCAAAGUGUCACCAGUAGUUUCGAAAAAGCGAAAUCCUUCGCCAUUACCGGAUAAACGAGCGAUUGAAAAAGCAGUUUCCACAAAGAGGAAGAAGCAAGCUUCACCCGCGCGCAAGGUAUCUACUGAAAAACGACGAAAGCGUUCCAGUUCAUCUGGUUCGGGCUCAUCAGAUUCAAGUGAUUCUGGGUCGGAAAGUUCGUAUUCUUCUAGUUCAUCGACAUCAUCUCGUGGAAAGACGACAUCUAAGAAAUCGAAAGUACCCGAAAAGUCAUCCAAAUCAGCUGAGUUGAAAAAGUCUGCCAGCGACUCCAAACCGAACGCACAGGUCAUUCCACCCUCUAGUGCAGCAUUGGAGAAAGCCGCUGCCAGUGCCAAUGCGUCGAAAAAAUCUUCACGGCGGGAGGAACUUCUUAAGCAGCUGCGUGCCGUGGAAGAAGCCAUUGCACGAAAGCGGACAAAGAUAGUGUAAAUUGUACUUGCUAGUUUUUCACACGGACAGAAAAAAACAUUACAAACGCUUCUGAUCAUCGACCCAAGAUAAACGAAAUUAUGAUGGUAUUUCGCCAGUUUAUGAAUGACUAAUCAUUUCGAAUUAUCGGAGGCGUUAUUUUUUCUCCAUUGGGGAGAAUAGCUUUUUACUUAGAUAUUGUACUGUAGCGAAGAUUGGUAGUAUACAAUAUUUUGCUCUCGUAACACGGUACACCUAAGCCAACACUAAUUGUAGGGUGUGACACAUGAAUAAAUAGAUUUAUGUGCUUAAAUAGUAGACAAAUCUCCCGAUUUGCAACGUGUAUAGCUUUUGAAUAACCAAUAGAUUGUUAUUCUCAAUCUAGAGAGAUGAAAGUAAUACUGACUAUACAUUUUGGAAAACAAUAAAAUCUAUGUCAUGUCAUCAAA